AAUUUUUUUACUUCUUCCUAAUAAUAAACCCUCAAACAAUAUCGUUCCUCUAGCCGUCUCAUCUUCUUCACGCGGAGCUCGUCAUUAGAAGACGUUUCUAACUUGUAUACAGAAACAACAAAUGCAUAUAUUUUGCUCUUUCACCAAAUUCAAGAUUGGACUCUGCGGGGAAUAAAUUCAAAUAGCUUUGCUGAGGUGAUUAAAGAAACAGGAAGAAAGAUGGGGAAGAACGAGAAAACAGGGCUAGGUAGAGCACUGGUGAAACACCACAACCAGAUGAUCCAACAAUCUAAAGAAAAAGGCCGUUUCUACAAGGCCCUGCACAAGAAAGUUCUUGAAUCCGUCACUGAAGUCAGCGACAUCGACGCCGUCAUCGAGCAAGCCGAGGACGCCGACCGUCUCUUCUCUCUCCAGCAUCCCACUCCGAACCUUCUCAUCGACCUGGACCCGAGCUCAAGUAGCAGUGAUAUGACACCGGAGCAAAGGAGGGAGCAGCAGAAGCAAGAGGAGGAAUUACAUGCUAGCAGUCUCCGAGUUCCUCGAAGGCCGCCGUGGAAUGCUGGAAUGUCUGUAGAGGAGCUCGAUGCCAAUGAAAGACAAGCCUUUUUGAUCUGGCGUAGAAGCCUGGCAAGCCUCGAGGAGAAUGAGAAGCUUGUCCUCACACCAUUUGAGAAGAAUUUAGAUAUUUGGAGACAGCUUUGGCGGGUGGUUGAGCGCAGUGAUUUGCUUGUAAUGGUUGUUGAUGCACGAGACCCCUUGUUCUACCGCUGUCCUGAUCUUGAGGUAUAUGCACGGGAGGUUGAUAAGCACAAAAAGACAUUGCUCCUUGUUAAUAAAGCAGAUCUUUUACCCUGUUCAAUCAGGAAGAAAUGGGCAGAAUACUUUUGCCAUCAUGAGAUUCUAUUUCUGUUUUGGUCGGCUAAGGCUGCUUCUGCAGCUCUUGAGGGGAAAAAGCUCAAAGAACCAUGGGAUGGAGGUGCUACCAUUGAAAAUAUGGAUGACCCUGACACAAAAAUAUAUAGCAGGGAUGAGGUUUUAUCUCGUUUGCAGUUAGAGGCAGAAGAGAUAGUCGAGUUGAGUGGGAAAUCAGGCUCCAGUGGCGCUACCCCAUCCAGUGACCAUUCUCUGGAAGGAAAUGCUGCUGGAAUUUCAGCUCCCAAGAAUGUGGUUGUAGGAUUUGUUGGAUAUCCUAAUGUGGGCAAAAGCUCCACAAUCAAUGCUUUAUUAGGUCAGAAGCGCACUGGAGUCACCUCUACACCGGGGAAGACAAAGCAUUUUCAAACUCUGAGAAUAUCCGAGAAGUUGACCUUGUGUGACUGUCCUGGAUUAGUUUUCCCUUCCUUCUCAAGCUCAAGAUACGAGAUGAUUGCUUCUGGGGUGUUACCAAUAGAUCGAAUGACAGAGCACAGAGAGGCUGUGCAGGUUGUGGCUAAUAAAGUUCCAAGGCAUGUCAUUGAGGAUGUAUACAAGAUAACUUUGCCAAAGCCUAAGCCAUAUGAGCCACAAUCUCGGCCUCCUUUGGCAUCAGAAUUUUUAAGGGCUUAUUGUGCAUCUCGUGGGUAUGUGGCAUCUAGUGGGCUGCCUGAUGAAACUAGAGCUGCACGUCAAAUUUUAAAGGAUUACUUAGAUGGCAAGCUACCUCACUUUGAGAUGCCGCCUGGAAUGUCUGAAGAGAUUGCAAGUGAUGAAAAUGGAGGACCCAGCUUGUCCGACACGCAUGAAACAGAUUCAUCUGACAUUGAAAAUACUCCAGAUAUUGAAGGCGAAAAUGUGCAUGUGAUUGAGAAUGUUCUUGAUGAUCUAAGUUCAUUUGACAUGGCCAAUGGACUCGCAUCCAAGAAGGCUACUGCGAAGAAGCCAACUGCAUCACAUAAGCACCAUAAAAAGCCUCAGAGGAAAAAGGAUCGCUCGUGGAGGAUUGGAAACGAUGAUGGCGAUGGAAUGCCAGUGGUAAGAGUCUUCCAGAAGCCGGUGAAUGCUGGUCCUUUACGGUCAGGGUGAGCACAUCAGUGGUGUCUCUUCUGGGAUCAUCCUGAUUCUCUUGAAACUCCUCAUGGCCACAUAUUUGGUGGUUUCAUUUCCUCACGGGGGAAAGUGGGGAAAAGAAAUGAAUACAUUCAAAUAGUUCUAUGCAGUUCAUGGGCAAACUCAAAUAACUAGUUGUAACUUUUAUUUUCUUUUCUUUUUUAUACUAAUUAUUAUAUAAUUUUCUGUUCUUGUGGAGCCUUUAUUUAUUUUCCUUUUUUUUUCCCCCCUCCCUUUGGAAGGAAGGAGGAUUUACUGUAUGGUAAGCAAUGAAUUAUAUUUUCAUUUUGUUUUGUUU